ACUUGACAGCAAGAAGACGCGGUUCAUUCAUUUUUUGAGCAGCGGGCCUGCUUCAUGGAGACACCAGCACUCCUGUUGUGUUCCCGGAGAGUUGUUUGACUUUCUCCGGCCUGCCGUUAAACUUUUCACGGCCGUAACACCAUGGACCCGCUGUGGACGGGCACCGGCGCUUCGGUACGGCAUGCAAAUACGUACUCUGACGUCGGCGAUCAUGUGGCUUUUGGCGUAGAUCCUCCUUGUGAUCGCCAAUUUUUUCUUUCCUGUCGCCUGUUGUCUGCUCGGUUAUCGAGCCGCCGAGAGAGUGUUUGAAACAGAUUCGGCGUGUUUGUCGGCUCUCCAGCGGCUCUGGGAUUGUACCGCACUACCUGAGCGUCGCGCCAAAACGGUGGGCAGGCAGCGUCCUAUCAUGCAGUUCGAGGAGGUCAGCCAGCACUGGAGCUGACACUGUCAGUGAGCCCAGCCUACAUGACACUACAGGAGUCCCAUCUCUGCCAGACUUUCACCGCCUACUGUCCCCCUCCUUCCUCCAGCCAAUAAUUUUACUCUGGGGGGGUGAGUGUUCCUCAGACUCCUUGGCUUCUGAUCCCAGUCUCACAAGUUGUCCGGUGCUUGCUACCUCGGGAUCUAUAUCUGUAUUCCUCUAGUAGGCAGUCCUCCUGACUGCACUUCAGCACCUUAAGACUGUCUUUGCAUACAAGUCCUGCAUCCUGGAACUUCAGCCAUAGCCUCCUUUAUAGCAUCCCUGGCCAAACACGAGCACCGGGACAAACCGAUCCACCACCAUGUCCAGUCGACGUAAGGCCUCCACUCCCUGUAUGAUCCGACCAGAGCAGACAAUGGUGGAGCUGGAUGAUGAAGCUGAGGACUCUCAGAACAUGGAGACAACAACAGAGAACCAUACCCAAGGGGUGCCUAUGGAUAGCAGUUCAACACAACCCGAGCAAUCCAUGGACUUGGAUGUAAUGGAAAAGGCCUCUGACCCUCCUUUGGCUCCUGACAAACCAGCAGCUGAGCCACCAGACGUUUCUAAGCCUCAGCGCAGACAGCAGGGGGGAUAUGAGUGCAAAUACUGCCCCUUUUCUACCCAGAAUUUGAAUACUUUCAAAGAACACGUAGACGCAAACCACCCAAAUGUCAUCCUUAACCCCCUGUACCUGUGUGCUGUCUGUAACUUCAACACAAAAAAGUUUGACACCCUGACGGAACACAACGAGAGGUGCCACCCAGGGGAGAGCAACUUUAAAUUUAAACGCAUAAAAAUGAACAACCAGACAAUCUUAGAACAGACGAUAGAGGGGUGCAGCAACAACGCUGUCAUUUACAGCACUUCUGGUGCCAUUUCCGGCAAAGGGGACGAACUCGGCACUGUGCCACUGAGCAAACCCACCACAGUCAAAAUCGGUAAACCAAAAAUAAUGACAUCGGAUAACAAACGGACAGACUCCCAGUUGGGAAAAAUAACUGCGGAUCUCACCAAGAAACCAAUCACAGCUGUCAAUGUGAAUGGUACGGUCAUCAUCCCGGAGUCGACUCUCCUUAAAGCAGACGGCCUUUCUCACAUCAUGCCUUCUCUGCAGCGGCCUCUAAACUAUACCCAGGUGCCGAAGAUUGCAGUGCCCCUCAACACAACCAAAUACAACCCCACACUGGACGACAACCUGACGCUGAUCUCGUCCUUCAACAAGUUCCCCUACCCAACACAGGCUGAGCUCUCGUGGCUCACCGCAGCAUCAAAACAUCCAGAGGAGCAGAUCAAAGUCUGGUUCACCACACAGCGGCUCAAACAGGGUAUCAGCUGGUCACCUGAGGAGGUGGAAGAAGCCAGGAAGAAAAUGUUCAAUGGUACAAUAUCCUCUGUGCCUCAGACUUUCACCGUGGUUACUCCUCAGCUCAACUCCCAAUCAUCUACCAACCAGUCCACCUCAAGCACACCCUCCAAACCCAUGCAGCCAGCAGCCUCUGUCCUGCAGUCCCUGCCCUGUCAGCUCCUGGGACAGACCAGCCUUGUGCUGACUCCUGUAGCCAAUGGCUCUACUGUUACUUGUGCACCACUCGCACUCACAGUGGCUAACCAGGUGGCGCAGUCGCUCAAACGACCCUUAGCCUCUCCUGCAGUUGCUACAGAGAGUAAACGGCCCUCCAUCAUUCAGACCAUCUCUGCCCCGAUGGCCACAUCCAAGCUGGCAUCACCUAAAGUGCUGAGUUUCACCGUUGACCCCAAUAAAACAUCAGAGCAGCUGUCUGUGCUGAGGUCCAGCUACACACAGUGCCCUUUCCCUGAGGAAGAUGAGAUUUACAGGCUGAUAGAGACCACCGGGUUAUCCAGAGGAGAGAUAAAGAAGUGGUUCAGUGAACAAAGACUCCUCAAUCUCAAAGGUGUUCCUCCUCCACCUGUGCUGGUCAAAGCAGAGGUAACACCACUUCCUAAAGAUGCCCCAGUAAAGAAAGCGGUCCCCAGCCAGUUUCCACUGUUAGAGAGGGUGAAGGGGAAGUCGUCGGAGCAGCUGAAGGCGCUGGAGGAGAGUUUCCAGAAAAGUAGCUCUCCAACAGAGGCAGAGCUAGAUCAGCUGGCCCAGGAGACCAGGCUGUCCAAGACAGAGGUGGACUGCUGGUUUUCGGAGCGCAGGGCACUGAGGGACAACAUGGAGAAGACUUUACUCACGAUGGCUUCGAAGAACACGGAGGACAGAAUAGAGCGGCCGGGUGCGCUGCUUAAUGGGGCUUCUCAUCGAGAGCAGGACGGGAAGCCUCUCCGCUCCUCUCCGCAUCCGCCUGUCCUUUCCUCCUCCUCGUCUUCCUCCCCUCCUGUGCUUGCCGCUUCCUCCCCUCGGCCUCCGACCCAUCCCUCCUCUGCAUCGCCUCCCAUCCUCACGUCAUCCUGCUCCUCUUCUCCACAUCCUCCCAUUCUGUCAGCCUCCACGAGCCCAGCUCCCAUCAGCAGCCGCUCCCUCGCCCUCCUCAGGGAGACGUUUUGCCGGACCCAGUGGCCAUCUCCUGAGGAGUACAGUCAGCUGGAGGUGCAAACAAGUCUUGGACGCACUGACAUUGUACGCUGGUUCAAGGACCACCGCUCUGCACUGAAGAACGGCGAAACUCUCGACUGGAUGGAAGGUUUCCAAGGCAUUGCAGAGAAGCAGAAAGCAAGCCAGGAGCAGAACGGUCAGAGUUCUGAGAAGAACAAGUGCAUUUCCUUGGAAGUCAAGGCUAUAAAAGUGGACGAGGCUGUUGAGAAAGUAUCUACUCCAGAACAGUCCAAACAGCCAGAACAGGACAAAGUCCAGCGGUUGACAGACAGACUGGCCGAUGGUGUGACCGACCUGAGCCGGACCAGGCCGGACCAGAACAGCUCAAAUGCCACUGAAAAAGGAAGGUGGGUAAAGGUGACCUUGGCUGUGGGGGAGGAUGGUGAAGGAGGAGCGGAAAGACAGAGGUUGGCAACUGACACGGACAUUCUGACCUUGGAGCAACCGGGGAGGGUCACUGGUUGAUGUACAUCACUGACUGCUGAGUCACCGACGACCUGAGAUGACCAAACAUGGAAGCAGUGAUGUCAUUGUCUGCCUGUGAUGUCAUCCCAGCAUCCUGGGGGACUGUGGAGUUGCACCGUUAAAGCACUUGAUGGAAGCGUAGACCCUGACAUUUAGAGGAGUGCCAAAGCUGGACUUGAUGCAUUGCUCUUACUACAGUGCUCGCUCUCUUUGUUUUUUGUUUUGUUUUUUAAGAAAAAAAAAAAGAGCCCUGUAAAUAUUUUCUGUAUUACUAGAGUUUGUACAGUUUUCCUGAGAAAACUUUUUUUUUUUUUUUAAGAAAAGGCUGACUGUUGUCCCAAAAACCUGGAAUGUUCGGUUUGGUUUUGUUCUUUGAGAUCAAACUGUAUGAUAUAGUCUGUCAUUUGCUGAAGAUCAGACGUAUUUUUUGAAAAUCACUACUCAUUAUGAGUAGACUUUGAUGGCACUUGCAUAUUUCCCUGUGGUAGUGAUAGAUAUUGUCAUGGCCGCCUGAAUGAAAACUGUUAGGAACUUUUGUAACUUUUUGCUUGUCUCCUGCACCUUAACUCGCCCUCUGUAGAAUUACAGUAGAGAAGAUGGAAAUCACUCAGAAGUGUCAGAGAGAAGGAAGUAGAAGGAGUGAUGGUAUUUUUUUGUUUUUUCUUUCGGGCAAACUGAACACAGCUACAGCUUCACCGCUGAGAGACCAGAGAAUGAACACAAACAGCCACAGACCAAGACUAACCGCAUUAGGGUGGAUGCAUGAACGCACCGUACAUCCGAAACUCUGUUAUCUUUCCUCAUCGGCUCGCUCCUGCGUCAGAACCCGAGGCAUGUCCAAGACACUGAAACAGUACAGAAUGUUCACGUUCCUGAUUAACUCCACCGAGCGGAGAGCGGAGUGUCUGUUCGAUCGCACCGUGCUGCCUUUUCAGCUCUCUUAUCAGACGUUUCCCGUCGGCCUCAGAAGUGGGCAGAGCACAGCCGGGCUGAGGAUUUCAGCUUAUCGGUCCAGUGUUUUUAAAAACUUGCCUGAAAACGCCAAAAGCAUAUUUUUGAAAACCUUUUAAUGCAUGGCACACAAUAAUCAAAGCUCCUUUAUUUGAGCCGUGUCAGGUAUCCACUUUGCUCAGCUGUGAUCUGUGAGCACACCGCUGGUGUUUACGUAGGUUCUUCUGAUCAAAGCCGGAUCGGGUUCAGCUGAUUUCUGUACAGACAGACAUUUGGAAUGUCACAGCACCCAAAGCUGUCAUGAAAUACUUGCAUGUACUUCAACUUUUUUUUUCUUACUCAUUUUCAAGAAUGAUUAAAAGGAAUAAAUAUUUAAUAAUAAAUAUUAAAUAUUUGUGCAGUCAAAGAAAGUUCAGUUAACCCUUGGUUUAACAGCAGGUGUAUGGCUGUGUGCUGGCUGAAUGUCUGUUGCUGCUGCUACUGCUUUAGUUUCACUUUCAGUUAUCUAUCUGGGAUACUGUAAUUUUUUUUUUCUUUUUUGCUAGUAUGAAAUACAGCUUGUAUUUUCAUUUUCUACUUACAGUCUGCUGUAACUCAAUAAAAACACAACCAACUGUAAAGCCUUCCCUUGGUCUUCCAGUGUAAAUGACACACACCAAAAUUAAAAGCCUUUCUUCAAAUCCAGGUUUAAGAAGACUACUUAAGGCUGCUCACCUACUUAUGUAACACUUUUGCUCAAAACAGGAAUAUAAAGAACUGCAAUGCACAGUGACCACAGGGCUUACUACAAAGUUUCAAGAAAAGUGUUUUAGGACCUUUUAUGAAGGUUUGGUAUUAACAGGAUUUCUGCAUUCAGUGCUCAUAAAAUGUGGUCUAAUCUUCAUCUAAGUCACAAUUGCAAACACAGCCUGACUGUAGGGGGUUUGCAUUGAAAUGAACUGGGCAAUCACUGUGUGGGCUGGGGAAAAAGGAUAUCUCUGUAGCUGUAGCUUGUGUACAAAGAUGCGAAGGAAUUUAGAAGAACCCCACCCCACCCACACCUGUUUCACUUCAAUAUUUCUGGAGUGUUUUGACUGAACAACCCUCAUCAAGUCAUACCACAGAAUUUAAAUCAAGAUCAGGUUUUUUUUCCCCUCUUUAACCAUUCCGUUGUAGCUUCAGUUGAUUGACUGCUGCUCUGAUAGUCUUCUGUAACAUUUCCUGGCAAAAUUUUGAAUUGUUUCACUUGGCGAUGGCAAAUGUUCCAGGCCAGCAGCCCCAAAAUGUACUCUCUCCACCAUGCUACAGAGUUGGGAUGAGGUUUUGGUGCUGGUCCUAGCACCAUGUAGUCACCAUGCUUCAGUUGAUCAAUCUACUAUUCUCUGAAGCCUCAUCAGAAAUGUUCUCCGUGGAAGGAUGGCUGUCAAAAAGCCAUUCAUAGGGAAGGGAAACAAACGAGGUAGAGAGAUGCAGAAUUACGCAAAAAAUGAACUGAAAAUCUGUGGCAACGGUUCCUAUAGAGAGAUGAAUCCAAAUUUGAAAUGAAUUGCUGGUUCAAACUGUUCAUUGCCAUGAUGGAGAGAGGUAAAACAGUGUGUACAGUCAUCUGUAAAGGACGGUGGAGGCUCUGUCAUGGGGUGCAGCUGCACAUCAGCCAGUGGUUUUGGAGAUAUUGUCAGAAUUGAUGGACACAGAAACGUACGUUGAUCCUCAUGUAACAGAAUAUGGAAAGCAUCUGAUUGGCAAUCACUCCAUUUUCAGCAUAACGAUCACAAAAACAGUAAAAUCAUACCUGGAUAGAAAACCACACAAUGGAACACCAUCAGUUAUGGACUGGCCUCCCCAGAGCCCGCACCUCAACAUCCUUUCAAGAAGUCUGGAGAACCAUCCCUGAAGUCUAUUCUGUCCAACUACUCUCUUUUUUUUGGCCUUAAAUACUGCAUGUCCAUGUAUGUUUGCACAUUAUAAUAAAUCACUGCACCCACUUUCCUAGCAAAAUAUAAAGAAAUCAGGAAUUCAAGACUUUUGCAAAAAGAGUUUUGACUUUAUCGCUACUUGUGGCGGUUGUAAACGUUACUUUGCUUUCCCCCCGACUAUUUCCUGAUAUUUAGGGAACAAAUGAUUUCAAAGUAAUAUCCAGAUGGACAAAUAUUGACAAUGAGUGC